AUGACCCUGCUCAAGCUGUCCCUCAUGGCUUUCAGCUUCGUCUUCUGGGCAGCGGGGCUGACCAUGCUCAUCAUCGGCCUCUGGGCCAAGGUGUCUCUGGGCAGUUACUUGGCGCUGUCGGCCAGUGACAACCCCAGCGCCCCCGCCAUCCUCUUGGCCACCGGCGUCGCUGUCAUCAUCUGGGGCUUCCUGGGAUGCUUCGGCGCCGCUACGGAGCACCGGGGACUCCUGCGCGCCUACAGCGCCUUCCUGGCCGCCGUGCUGGCGGCCGGGCUGGCGGCCGGGCUCUCGGCGCUCCUGUACCGCCAGACGCUGGCGCAGGGCUUCCAGGAGGGGCUGCGCCGGGCGCUGCUGGCCUACGGGGAGGACGACGGGGUGGCGGACGCCCUGGACGCGCUGCAGCGCGCCUUGUCCUGCUGCGGUGUGGAGAGCUACCGCGACUGGCUGGCCUCGCCCUGGGGGCUGGAGCAGAACGGCUCGGUGCCCCUGAGCUGCUGCCGGGCCCGCCGCGGCUGCCAGCGCAGCCCGCCCGACGCGCGCAGCCUGCACCGCGACGGCUGCUUCAGCACCGUGUCCGCCUUCGUCGGCAGCAACAUGUUUUAUGUUGCCAACGCUGCCCUGGGGCUGGCACUGCUGCAGCUCGUCGGUAUUGUGCUGGCAUGCCUGCUGGCUGCCCGCGUCCCUGCCCACCUGCUGGGCAUCACCACCCCUCGCUGA